AGUAAAAAUUCAGACAUUUAUCUUUAAAUUUCAGAAUAUGAUUAAUUUACAAAAAUGACUAUUUGUAGAUUUACCUAAUUUUGGACUUAUGAUAAGGCUUAAAGAGAGAGAGAAUAUGCAGUGAUGAACCGACAGAUCAUAUUAAAAGGGCAUGGAUUCAAUAUAAUCAUAUUAAUUCCUAGCGCUUAUAGCUACUCUCUCACAUGUGCUGUUGAUAUUCAUAUGCUCAUGCCUUAUAUAAAGUCCAGCCAGCUAAAACCCAAUUUGCUAGCAGUGUGAGUACUAAGAGUGACUCUUCUUAUCAGUUUUUUUUGAAAGCUCCAUCUUACUGAAAGAAGAAGAAGAAGAAGCCAACAUGCUGAGAAUAGCUUCAAGGUUCAGGGGCAUCACUUCUAGAUCCUCGCAGCUGCUUCAACCCUUCAAUAAGGAGUUCUCUACUCACAUUGAGAGUAAACUAGAAGGCAAGGUAGCGCUGAUAACAGGGGCAGCAAGUGGAAUUGGAAAAGAAACUGCCGCAAAAUUCAUAAACAACGGUGCCAGGGUCAUAAUAGCAGAUGUACAGAAGCAGCUCGGCCAAGAAACCGCCUCUGAGCUCGGACCAAAUGCCUCCUUUGUGGUCUGCGAUGUCACAAAAGAAUCCGACGUCUCCAAUGCAGUGGAUUUCACCGUCUCCAGCCACGGACAGCUAGAUAUAAUGUACAACAAUGCAGGUAUUGCAUGUCGUACUCCACGGAACAUAGCUGACCUUGACCUUGAUGCAUUCGAUCGGGUCUUGGCUAUCAACGUCCGAGGGAUGGUGGCAGGAAUUAAGCACGCUGCUCGGGUGAUGAUCCCGCGGAAGACAGGUUCCAUUUUGUGCACCGCUAGUGUAACUGGCGUGAUGGGAGGGCUAGCGCAGCCCACAUAUUCUACAACCAAAUCCUGCGUGAUCGGAAUGAUGAGAUCCGUAACAGCAGAACUGUGCCAAAACGGAAUCAGAAUCAAUUGCAUAUCGCCCUUUGCAAUUGCAACCCCGUUUUAUAUCGAUGAGAUGAAAGCGUACUACCCGGGAGUGGAUCAUGAAGGUCUUGUUAAAAUGUUAUAUCGCGCAAGUGAGUUGAAAGGAGCCUACUGUGAGCCCAUUGAUGUGGCCAAUGCUGCACUGUUUUUGGCUAGUGAUGAUGCCAAAUAUGUUAGUGGCCAGAACUUGGUCAUAGACGGAGGUUUCACCUCUUAUAAAAGUUUAAACUUUCCCAUGUCUGAUCAAGAAUAGUAACACUCUACAUAGGUGUUACUAGAAGUCAGGGACUAUUGAUUAUUUUGAAAUGGCCAAUGCAACUUAUUCAUCAUCAAUAAUGUUUCACUUGGCAGCUGA